AUUUAUGAUUCCUCAAUGGAUUUGGAACAUUUUAAGGACCUUUUUAAAUAUUUUCAUUUGUCAAUAGAUACCGAUAUUACUCUGGUCCAACCUAAUGAGAGAUUUGUAAAUUCUCCUAAAAAUUCUUCUUAUAUUUUAUAUGAUGUUUAUAAUAAUGGUUAUUCUUUGGGGGGAAAACUUAAUGUGACCAUAGAUCGAGAGUUAUUAUGCUGCCGAGAGCAAUGUCUUGUAAAACAGUAUUUAUCCUCUUUAUAUCAAAGAUCCAAGUAUGAACAUCGUUGGUAUUUAAGAGAUUUAACGAUGAGAGUAUCUACAGUGGUCACUGCUAUUCCCUUAACGGCUCCACAAAGUGAACUUUUGGCUCAUUUAAGUUCCACUAAAGACAAACAUAUUGAUGGCAUAGCUAAAUUUGGAUUUCAGUAUUUGAUGAUUUUAAAAGAGAAUCUGGAAUGCAACUUUUUUUAUAAUUUCACCAGUGCUUGGAGUCGUACUGAGGUCAAUGGUGGUUGUAUUGGUGCUAUUGGUAUAGAAAACUCAGCCGAUCUUGCUUCGUCUCCCUUUCUAGCCACAAAAAAUCGUUUCAAGUAUGUUCAGGCCAUCACGGAGUUAGGUACUUUCCGUCAUGUUUGCAUUUUUCGUACGCCCCUUAAUGCUGGCAUACAGAGUGCCGUAUUCCUGGAACCCUUUUCGUUACGGGUAUGGAUCUUAUUUGGUGCCACGCUUAUAUUAAUUGCAUUUCUAUUGUGGUUGACAUUUUUUGUGGAAUAUCAUCAGAUGAAAGCUAUGCUGGGUUUUGUGCCCUCUUUACUUACCACCUGUUUGAUAUCGUUUGGUUCCGCCUGUUAUCAGGGUAGUUUUUUAGUACCCACAUCCAUGGGUGGACGCAUAGCUUUUAUAACUUUGUCUUUAUUGACCUUCAUUAUAUAUAAUUAUUAUACCUCGAUAGUGGUGGCUAUAUUGUUGGGUUCCCCGGUUAAAUCGAAUAUUAAGACGGUGGCUCAGUUGGCCGAUAGUAAGUUGGAGGUGGGCCUGGAACCUAUACCCUAUACCAAGUCAUAUUUGAAUUUCUCAACUUUACCCGAAAUUAAAAGAUUCGUACGCAAUAAAAUCGAUUCCCAGCCUAAUCCGAAUAAUGUUUGGAUGAGCGUCGAGAAAGGGCUGCAACGAGUGCGCAAAGAACCUGGUUAUGUUUUUGUUAUAGAUGCUUUUUCCGGUUAUGGCUUAAUAGAAAAUUCCUAUACAGCCGAAGAGAUAUGUGAUCUCAAUGAAAUACCUUUUAGACCCGAACAGCCUUUGUACCAGCAUUUGCCCAGGAACUCUUCGUACAGGGAAAUUGUUAAAUUGAAACAAAUGCGCAUUAUGGAAUCGGGUGUCUAUAGACGCUAUUACCGCCAGUGGGUGAAGAGAAGAUUGAAUUGUUAUUUAUCGAGCAGCUUUUUAGUUCAAGUGGGUUUGGAAUACACUGCUCCCUUGUUUAUUAUGUUGGCCGUGGCUUAUGUAUUAGUAUUGAUCUUAAUGAUGCUGGAAAUUGUUUGGUACAAAUUUGAGCAGAAAUAUAAAAACCACGACCAGGGAGAUAUGACGGAAUAUGAUUUAAUUUUCAAUCAUUUCUUGGAUAGCCGAUUGUCAUGUGUGGUAUUAUUUCAUUGUUGGAAUAGGGAAGCUCUUUAUCAAUUCUCCUCGUUGAGCUCUCGGCUGCCGAUCUAUAUCCAAUAUGUUAAUCUAAAUAAUUCGGAUUCAUUGCAGGAUUUUGCUUCUCGUUAUAUGCGUCAUGAUCGGCCUCAAAUUGGCAUUUAUAUGGAUAUGAAUUGUCAGCUAACGGAUCAAUUUAUAGAAGAGACCAGCCAUUUACGUCUUUUCAACUAUCGCUAUGGUUGGCUUGUCUACGAUGAAUUGUCGAAUUUCUCUCGUUUUUAUGGUAUAUUCAAGAAUGUCAAUCUUUCAGUGGAUACUCAGUUGGCCUAUGUGGUACCUAAGGAACCACAAAAACCGGUAAAUCUUAGCAAAACCUCUUACAUCAAUUUUGAUGCCUAUAAUAAUGGUUUGUUUUUGGGAGGCUCACUCAAUAUAACGUCCAACUAUGAAAUCGCCUGCAAUAGUAGCGAUUGCCAGAAAACUAAAUAUUUAUCGGAUUUAUAUAAAAGACUUCAAUAUGGUAAUCGUCAGACUUUGAGCGAUAUCACUAUGAGAGUAGCGGUUGUGGUCACUCGUUAUGAUUUGCAAGCUCCCGAACAGGAUAUACAAAAUUUUCUCUUAAAGCAACAGGAUUUUCAUAUCGAUCCUUUGUCCCGCUUGGGCAUACAGAUAUUUUUACUUUUAAAAGAUUCCUUAAACACCAAUGUUUCUUAUAUCUACUCCGAUCGCUGGACCGAUGUGGACUAUACCGGAGGUAUAGUGGGUGCUUUGGUUACCGAAACGGCGGACUUAACAUCAGCUCCUUUCUUUAUGACUGCUGGUCGUUUUCAAUUUCUAACUCCCAUUGCUCCUACCGGUGAUUUUCGUUCGGUUUGCAUGUUUCGCACUCCCCUCAAUUCGGGUAUACAGGGGCGGGUCUUUAUAGAGCCCUUUAGUACUAAAGUUUGGAUUAUGUUUGGCGUAAUCUUGGCCUUAGCUGCUCUAUUUCUCUGGUUGACUUUUUAUGUGGAAUAUUAUCGUAUGAAACCCACUACCGAGUUUUUACCCUCUUUGCUAACAACUUGUUUGAUUUCGUUUGGUUCCGCCUGUUCUCAGGGUAGUUUUUUGAUACCCACUUCUCUAGGGGGACGUUUGGGUUUUAUUUCUUUGCUAAUUAUAUCAUUUCUGGUCAAUAACUAUUAUACCUCGGUGGUGGUUUCCACUUUACUGGGUUCUCCCGUUAAAUCUAAAAUUAAAACUAUGGGUGAUUUGGCAGAUUCGAAUUUGGAAGUGGGUUUAGAACCCUUGCCCUAUACCUACACCUAUUUGAAUUUUUCUGGAUUACCCGAAGUGCGCCGCUUUGUUAAGCGUAAAAUUGAAAAUAAAAAGAAUUUUUGGUUUUCGGCCCAGGACGGGAUUAAUAAAAUGCGCGAAAAACCGGGUUUUGUAUUCAUUUUUGAAACCUCUACUGGAUUCAAUAUAAUCGAAAAUCAAUUUGAUCAACAUGAGAUCUGUGACUUAAAUGAAAUACUUUUUCGCAGCGAUACCCUAUUGCUAACACAUUUACAUAAGAAUUCCAGUUACAAGGAAAUUGUACGACUUAAAACUAUGCGCAUUUUGGAAACCGGUGUUCACUCCAAGCAUCGACGUCUAUGGGUUCGUACUCAUUUGCAUUGUAUGUCGAAUAAUUUUGUCAUAAAUGUAGGCAUGGAAUAUACGGGCCCAUUAUUUCUUCUCUUGAUCUGUGGUUAUUUAAUGGUCUUGGUUGUUUUUAUGAUGGAAAUUAUAUGGCAUCAUUAUGUGGAGAGAAGAAAGAGCAUGUUUUCAAUGGAGCAGCUGGAUAAAGAGGAAAAUUAA